AUGUCGGAUCCAUCGCAACAGACCUCAGGUUCGUCUUCGACAGGACAAACCAACGAUGGCGCUCCAUCCGGUCGACUCACUCGACCUGCACGCCCACUUCCAGGCGUCGCUUCUCUUCGCGGCGCAGCUCCCUUACGAGGAGGCCCCGGUCGUGGAGCGUUCGUCUCAUCAAGCGCAUCUAUGGUCCCCUCACGAUCAUCCUAUGCUUCUUCUGCUCCUGGCGCACCUGGUCCGGCCACAAUGGGUUCCGGAACCCGCAUGCAAUUCCGUCCCGUCAUGCCCCAGCGUCGCAAAGCGUCCGAAUCACCUGCACCACCCUCGUCCAACACGAUCGAAUCUUCGAACGCUUCUUCACCGUCUUCACACUCAGGCAUUCGUGGUGGUAGAGGUCGCGGCCGAGGCGGGGCACGUCCGCCACGCCAACCAGUACAGAUGACCGCUUCAGGACCGUUUGCGCUAGGUCCAUCCGCCCGUCCAACAGGCAAGAAGAUCGUUCCCCUCGGGCCUGGAGGCUCUAGCCUCACUCCAGCUGGCAGCGCAGAUUCCAGCCGCAGCAAUACGCCUGCCAAAUUGGAUCCAGAUCGUGCAUCCUAUCGCAAUCCGGACAAGCUCAAGGAUGCCGAGCAAUACUCGGACCCAGAAGACGGUGAUAUAGAGAUCGUCGAUUUGGACGAAGUGCAUAUUCUUGAUGAGCUCGCACCGCGAGCGCUUCCCCGCGUCGCCGAAAAAGAGAGCAAGAAGGACAAGCAGAAAGCUGCCGAUGCUCGGCAGAAAAAGGUAGACGGCCGAAUCCUCAAAGAAGAACGUGAUGCUAACCCGAGUGCUGCAAUCCGGGUCAAAUCGGAAGAUCCAGACGAUAUAAUGGCCAGUUUGGAGCCAUCUUCAACAGUCAUCUCGAGCGCUUCUGUGACACCGCAACCCGAAGAUGCAUCAAAAAUCAACAGCGCUGACGCGCUCGAUCUGAGCGAAAGCGAAGGCGAGGAGCUCAUGGACGACCUCGUCGACGAUUUCGUCUUUCACGAUGACGACGAUGUUAAUCCAGAGAACCGACUAUACCUGUUUCAGUUUCCGCAGCUGUUUCCACACUUCAAGCCGCUCAAAAAAUCCAAGGCGACCGACAUCAAAGCAACAACCUCUACGACUGAUGCAUCGGCCAAACGUCGCAAUGUAUCCUUUGCCGAAGGUACGACCGGCGGACCUGGUCUUACUGGAAAAGACGACCCCUCCGCAACAGCCAGCAGUUCCGAGAUCGACUCGGACUCUGAUUCGUCCAUCGCAGACUCUGAAGCAGAUGACAAGAAGCACAAGUCAAAACUUUCCACCUCUUCCAAGGCCGAAGGCCUGAUUGGCAAGUUGAAUGUGUAUCGCGAUGGGCGAGUGUUCCUACGAUUUGGCCAAGAUUUGGUAAUGGAAGUGACGGGUGGAUCUCAAAGUACGUUCUUGCAACAGGUGAUGUUAUUGGAUUCCACCAACAGUACAGCGACAAAUUUGGGCGAAUUGCAUCGCAAGUUUAUCGUCAGUCCUGAAGUGGAUUGCAUGCUCAACGACAUCAGUCUAUAUGAUGAGGAGGUGAGGGAGCGGGAGGAGAGGAGGAGGAAGAGGGAUGAGGAGAAAGCGGAGGCGGAUAGAAUGAGAUACGGAGGCGCAGGAAGUGGAUUCGGCGGUCUUGGUGGUCGAUGA